GUCAACGAACAUCUUUACAUCAUAGCGCCGGCCCCAGUGCAGUGCAUUCAAGAGUGUUUGAGGAAGGUAAGUGCUGCGUGACGUGAAUGAAGUCGGCGCGAAGGUACAUGCAGCUAGUAGCUCGUGGCUCACUCAAUCAAGGCGAGACAUCAUCAUCAUCAUGGUGCACACUACUGCCCUACUUGCCUUUGCUCUUGCCUGAGAUGCCGAUGCCUUCCUGGAUGUGCUUCUUCUCCCAGCAGAUCUGCUUGCCCUUGAGCCCCUCCUUGACCAGGCACGUCGACCCAUCGCCGCACCGGUGGCCGAAUGGAGGCAACCCGUGACUGUGAGAAUCCCGCCUGCGUCUCUCUCUCUCUGUCUCUCCCUCUUUCUGUGUGUGUGUGUCUGUGUGUGUGUGUGUGGUUGCAGGUACCAUUCGUCCCCGGGAUCUCCCUUCUCCUGCAGACAGACAGACAGAGCGACCGACCGCCCGACCGACAGACAUGCACGAGAGAAAAAACGGCUCACCUUGCAGGCUUUUACGGGGCUCUCCAGUUUGCCGCCUGUUCCGAAGUCCCACAGCUUCUCGAAGCACUUUCGGCCCUUACCACAGUCGUUGUCCUUCUUGCACCCCUCUCCGGUCGUCAACGCCGCCCGCCGGCUGGCUGCACAGAAAAUGCCGAGCUGUGACAGCGCAUUGAUGUGAGUGCCCACCUACCAAUAUUCUUGACGGGGAUGCGCAAGGAGUCACAGAGCCCCACAAUGGCGGCCACAUGUACAGUCACACAGGCAAGGAGGACCACGCGUGCCUUCGGAAUCAUUGAGACGACCUGCAUCAAUUGCGACAGAGACGCAGGCAAAGACGGCACUUCUGCGUGUUGUGUACGUAUGCGGGUCCGAUGUGUUGUCACCAUCAAGCAAGAGGUCAAUGGAU